UUUCCCCUGUAGGUGCUCAGUUAACUGUAUGGUUUAACGGGAUGAGGACCAGAUAUGGAAGGCUAUCAGAAGCAUCAAAGAAGAGUGGCAGGGGGGCUGCUUCUUCCCUGUCCGUAAGGGACCAAUGGAUCCUGAGGACUUUCAGCUUCUUGCAUUCUCAUAUAGUGAGAUGUCCCAGCAGACAAACAGCGAAGUUCUCACAGAGGUCCCCCUCCCCGAGUCAUGUCAGCUACAACGUGGACGGUGAGGUGAUGAGUGAGGGAGGUGGAGAGGCAGAAGAUACAGACGACCCUGCAUCCCACAAUGCAGACAUCGGCGCAGGUCCGUCAGGUGAAGCCUCCACCUCCAUGGCAUCUUCCCACACCAGUAAGGGAAAAAGGCGCAAGGUUGUGGGGGAGGAGACACACGAGCUGCUGGCAAAGCUGCUGAGCCGGGCUGACGAAGUGACCGACCUCAAGCAACGGGUCCGUGACCUGACUCAGUCUACUGAUCCCUUCCACAAGAAAAUUGACGCGUGGGUCUCUUAUUUUGCGGCUGAGCUCCACGACUUUAAGCCUCAGGUGUGGAACCGUUUUGUGUCUGCAGCCACACAGCUGUUGCACAAAUACAAACAAGAGAACGACGCACUUGACCUCGGACCACCCGCUGCCACUACUGAGGUACAGCCUUCAUCUCACCCACCUAAGGUCGCAACCGCUACUACUACUGCUGUGUCACUACCACCCUGUUUCUUCAACACAAGCGGGGCAAACCUGAACACCAGCGGAAUCGCUACACCACCACAUGACGCAAACUUCAUGAACCCCACACCACCAAUACGUACUUCAACACCAAGACCAACCAGUCAGAAUCAAGAAUAUUGA